UCCGGGUGCGUGCUUCCUGUGCGCGAGGCUCGGGGCCGCAGUGGGCGGGAGCGCGGAGGGUUCAGAUGGGAGUGCACUUCCGGUGCCCUUUCUCCCGCAAGCACCCGGGCCCGGACCCUCGUGCGACGGGUGUGAUCCCGAAGCUGGAGUGGGGCUGAGGUGGGCCGGCACCCCCUUCUGACCUCUGGUGCCGCCGGCCCCAGGAUCGGACAUGGCCCAGAACUUGAAGGACUUAGCGGGACGGCUGCCCUCCGGGCCCCGGGGCAUGGGCACGGCGCUGAAGCUGCUGCUGGGUGCCGGCGCCGUGGCCUACGGCGUCCGCGAGUCGGUAUUCACCGUGGAAGGCGGGCACAGAGCCAUUUUCUUUAAUCGGAUCGGUGGAGUGCAGCAGGACACCAUCCUGGCCGAGGGCCUUCACUUCAGGAUCCCCUGGUUCCAGUACCCUAUCAUCUAUGACAUUCGGGCCAGACCCCGAAAAAUUUCUUCCCCCACAGGCUCCAAAGACUUGCAGAUGGUGAACAUCUCCUUGCGUGUGCUCUCUCGACCUAAUGCCAUGGAGCUUCCCAGCAUGUACCAGCGCCUAGGACUCGACUACGAAGAGCGAGUGCUGCCGUCCAUUGUCAACGAGGUGCUCAAGAGUGUGGUGGCCAAGUUCAAUGCCUCCCAGUUGAUCACCCAGCGGGCCCAGGUGUCCCUCUUGAUCCGAAGGGAACUGACAGAGCGAGCCAAGGACUUCAGCCUCAUCCUGGAUGAUGUGGCCAUUACAGAGCUGAGCUUCAGCCGAGAGUACACAGCUGCUGUGGAAGCCAAGCAAGUGGCCCAGCAGGAGGCCCAGCGGGCCCAGUUUUUGGUAGAAAAAGCAAAGCAGGAGCAGCGGCAGAAGAUUGUGCAGGCCGAGGGUGAAGCCGAGGCUGCCAAGAUGCUGGGAGAGGCAUUGAGCAAGAACCCAGGUUACAUCAAGCUGCGCAAGAUCCGGGCAGCCCAGAACAUCUCCAAGACGAUCGCCACCUCACAGAACCGAAUCUAUCUCACCGCUGACAACCUUGUGCUCAACCUGCAGGAUGAAAGCUUCACCCGGGGAAGUGACAGCCUCAUCAAGGGUAAGAAAUGAGCCCGGGUGACCAAGAACUCUACCCUCAGAGAGCAAGUGGAUUUGUUUCUCCCCUGGUUUUCGAGGAACCAGCCCCCACUCCCCUGUAUCAUGUGAUGGUCCCCUCUGCACCUGACCUCCGGGCCCACGGAUGAAUGAGAAGACCUGACCCGUUUUCAGGGGAACGACUUUCCUCCUUGUGUGGCCAGGGUUGUUGGGACAGUGUGAUUUCUAAAUGAUUUCCUAUAGUGUUUGGUGCCUCCCAAAAUUGGGAGGCGAUAACCACCAUCCCAGGAAUUCUCAAUAAAUUUUUAUUACUUAA